CUCUGUUACCAGCCUUCAACAGCAGCUAGCGCUCUCUCUCUCUCCCUCUUUCUCUCUGCAGAUCUCGCUUUCUGCAGAUUUAAGCAGCGGAUACAUGUCUGGGAGAGAGGCCUAGUUGUUGGAUUGGAAUUUGGAGGUUGUCUGCCUCUGCUCUUCGUUCUGAUUUCAUGGCCUCCAGUGGGAUGAGAUGAACUGCACCCACUCCUGCUAGUUUUGGCGUCUUCCUCCUCAUUAUCACCUUCUCUCUCAUGUGAAACCGCCCCACUCAACUCUGAGCCCACCUUCUCUUCCUCUUCAGCUGGGCCUCAAACACAGAGAGGGCGACAGAGAGAGAGAGCCCAACCAGUGGAUUUGUGCCUGUGUGUGGCCGGAUUGGGAUUUAUUGCCGGAUCAUCGGUUGGUAACAAAAAUGGGUGGUGUCAAAAGUUUCGUUGAAGGAGGCAUCGCCGCCGUCGUCGCCGGCGUCUCCACCCAUCCUUUGGAUCUCAUCAAGGUCCGUAUGCAACUACAGGGCGAGGCUGCCGCCGCCGCCGCCGCCUCCACCCUCCGCCCCGCUGUGGCCUUCGCUGGCCCUUCCCCCUCCGUCUCCACUGCCACCAUCCCACCCCCGCCUCCGCCGCCACCCCGCGUCGGACCGAUCUCCGUCGGAGUCAAGAUCAUAAGAACAGAGGGUCCUGCCGCGCUCCUUAACGGCGUCUCCGCCACCGUUCUGCGGCAAGCCCUCUACUCCACCACCAGGAUGGGUCUGUACGACAUCUACAAGGAGAAAUACUCCGACCCAGCCACCAGGAACCUGACCCUGGUCCAGAAGAUCGCGGGCGGGCUCGCGGCCGGCGGGAUCGGGGCGGCUGUAGGCAACCCGGCCGACGUGGCCAUGGUGAGGAUGCAGGCGGACGGCCGGUUGCCGGUGGAGCAGCGGCGGAACUACACGAGCGUGGGGAACGCCAUCUCCCGGAUGGCGAAGAAUGAAGGAGUGACGAGCCUGUGGCGAGGUUCGUCGAUGACGAUCCAGAGAGCGAUGCUGGUGACGGCGUCGCAGCUGGCAACGUACGACUCCGCGAAGGAGGCGAUCAUUGGGAACGGGCUGAUGAGGGAUGGGCUGGGCACCCACGUCACGUCGAGCUUCGCCGCCGGGAUCGUGGCGGCCGUGGCCUCGAACCCGGUGGAUGUGAUCAAGACGAGGGUGAUGAACAUGAAGGUGGUGCCGGGGGAGGCGCCGCCAUACGCCGGGCCUCUGGACUGCGCGUUGAAGACGAUCAGAGCAGAGGGGCCGAUGGCGCUCUACAAGGGCUUCAUACCCACCAUCACCAGGCAGGGGCCCUUCACCGUCAUGCUCUUCGUCACUCUGGAGCAGGUCAGAAAGCUGCUCAAGGAUUUCUGAGAAUUUUUGGUGGGAGAUUUGGAGUUGGUGCAGACGGACGGAGUUCGAAUUUACAUAAAUAUGAAACAGAAAGAACAUGAGGAACGAAAAAUAAACAUGACCUUCCAAGGUCGUGAUGAGGAAAAGAGGAGGAAGACGAUGGUGACGAUCAAACUUCAAGUAGAUUUUAGAUGCUCUAUUUGUGUUAUUUGUUAUUUUUAAUUUUUUACCGAGGAUGGAAGGUUUAGACGAUUGCAGAGCUAUGAUCUUAAGGUGUUCAAUUAUUGCAUCCAGGAGAAGAAGGGGAAGUUUUCCCUUUUUCAUUCUUCUUAUCCUUAGCUGUUCUUGGGCCUUUGAUUAAGCUCAGGCUCUGUAUGGAGCUCUAACUGGAGAAUAAUUUUCCUUUUUUUAUCA